GUCUAUAGCGUCCGUGGUGAAGGCAUCCAGCCAGGACAUUUGUUUUUGUUUGCUACGGGUUUUUUUUUCCUGCAGCUCAUCGUGCACACAGCAAAGCGCACACUUCGCAGUUGUUGAGUUGUGGCCAGAUCGAUUUGUCGCCUUUUCUUUCGGACUUCGGUAGCCCCCGGAAUGGAAAAGAAACGCAAACAAGGUGGAUUGUAAUCUACAAAUUAAGCUUCAUUAUCGUGUGCUACUGCGGGGAAAAUUGUUGUUUGUUUCGUCGUCGGUUUUACGGAAGAAAAUGGAACAAGGUGAAGAAAAAGCUCUCUGAUGUGGAUAAAAUUGAGUUUCUUGAAGGAAAGUGCGACGAGAAUCUAUUCAUUCGGCGGAUUUGUGAUAAUUCGAUAUAGGAAUGUUCCUUGGUGCACUCGAUUGCUGCUGGAUCCGUAACUAAACCCACCUACGAUUGUUUUUAUCCAAUCAUCACUCGAAAGGGUUCAGUGACGACCGAAGCAAGUGAUUAUAGAUUUGGGCACAUUCUUGGAGUGAUUAGUUGCUGCGACUGAGCUGUGCAUGGCAUUUCUACGUUCGGACGCGGAGACGAGCACGGAAUGGAGACGCAUGGUAAAGGUCGCUGCACCUCGGAUGAUCCUAUUCGUAAUUACGUUUAUCCUAUAUUUUUCACUGAUUGGCCUCACCGAACGACGAACAAUCGAAUCCACCGUUUUGAAAUGUCUACCGAUCGUCAGUUUGUGGAUCUUCGUCCUGCUAACGGGCUUCGAACUGAAGAAAAGCAACCGCUACAAGCAGCUCAUCCUGGUGGGACUGAUAUUCUCCUGCUCCGGAGACAUUCUACUCAACUAUGAGCUCUUCGAGGCCGGUAUGGCCGGCUUUGGGGUGGCGCAAAUCUUUUACAUAUCAGCUUUCGGUUUCCACCCUGUAAGGCCAUGGUUUGGUCUGCCGCUGUACGGACUGGGUGCGGCUGCAGUGGCGCUCAUGUUCAACAACCUGCCAACGAUCAUCAAGAUCUGUCUUCCAAUCUACGGUAUCCUGCUACUGACCAUGUGUUGGCGGUCGCUUGCCCGAAUCGACUCGGCUAAGAAUAUCCUCCGAAUGACCUGUGGACUCGGUAGUGUGCUGUUCGUCAUAUCCGACAGUAUCAUUGCGUUCGACAAGUUCUACUCCCCGAUCAACAAUGCACAGUUUGCCAUCAUGGUGACCUAUUAUGUGGCCCAGUUCGGAAUUGCGCUGAGCGUCAUCGAACAGUCAGGCCCUGCAAAAACUGCCAAAUCCCCAUCAUCCAAGAAAAGCCAAAACGGUAUGAAACAGAAGAAAAUAGCCUAAGGAGAAGGAAAGAGGAUUCGUUGCGCCAUCUACAACACGAUCACUUCGUUAACACUUACACACGGAAGCAUGCCAUCACGCACACACUCCCAUACUUAAACACUUACACUCACAUAUGUGCAGUUUUUUUUUUUGGUAAGUGGUAAAAUUCGACCCAUUUAUGCGUGUCUCUCUAUCAUCCUACCAGAGUAACCAUCUGAAUAACUGUUGUUUUUCUCCUCUUCUUCGAACGUAGAUGGAGUGGAAAAUGGCGCAGAGCCAUUGUAAAACUAAAAUCAUGACUAGAAAACAAAACAUAAAAUCAUAGACUGUGAUCUAUUAUCUUCCCUCGAAAAUACAAGAGGAUCUACUAACUACCACCACCAAAAUUUGAAUGUUUGUAAAACUGGCGAAUGUUAGGAAGGGUUUGAAGUUUUACGGGAGGUUUCCAACAAGACUAGAAAAACGUAACAUAAACAAAGACAUAAACAAGCGUAAAAACAAUGCAGUUUUCAAUUAUUCGUAGAUGUUAAUACAAGUUCAAAUAUAUAACGUAUCGAACUACAUUAUUGAUAGAUUAUCAAACAAAAAUUGUAGACAAAAAGAGACUGUGUAUGUUGUUUAGAGGUUAAAGUGUUUUACCAUUGAUGAGUAAAUAUAUGUAACAUCAAAUGUUCCUGAGAA